AUGUCAUCUCCGAAACGUAUCAUUAUCAGACGAGAUACAAUCUCUCUGGCUCGUCAUCACGACCCUCCGACGUUUUCCCUCUACACGGUCGCUCACUCCAAUUUCAACAGCUGUUUCUCUUCCUCCAUAACCGGAUAUCUUGUGCAAGAGUGUUGUUUCGCCAAAUUUACUCAGUUUUAUUUCAUCGAAGCGUCUCUAUCACACUACGCCAUCUCAAGCAUCGAUGGUUCUUCACAAAUCCGGGCCCGUGGUCCAUCUAAUCUUUUCAUUGUUGAAACUACUGUGCAAGAGUAUGGAUUUGCCAGAUUUGCUAGCUAUUAUGUCACUGCUGCGUCUCCAUCACAUUAUGCCGUUUCAAACAUCGACGGUUCUUCACACAUUCAACUGUACUCGAGAAAAGAAAUUGAGAAAGGACAACUAGCUCCUCAACUGCCAUGUGCUCUCAUUCCAAUAACUCGGAGGAACACUCCAAAGUCUAGUGCAAGGAGACUCAACCAUAGUGUAACACUCUGCCUCGUAUUUGACGUUUUCCAAAGUGUCCUUAUGAAGGCUAAGCUAGCUUUUGAGAUUCACCUAGUCUCAUUGAGAAGCUUUGUUGAGUUUAAAAUUAACCGUGCCAACUUCAGUAUCAAAUCAAGUCAGAUAGGAAUUCUUCUUCUCGGUAUUGUCCAAGGUUAUGGAGCUUCUCACCAAAAGCUCUUGCCGGGCAACAAUCCAACCGCUUCUUAUUGGUGUAUCAACGUCGACUUCGACUAUCAAUUGUUCUUACGAACAAUCGCCUUAGGGAUUAAGGUGAGUUCGAGAUCCGUCGUGAUUAAGUUUGAGGAAGGUGUGCAGAGUUUGAGAGCUCGAGAUUCGACAUGGGAGAGCUCGGAAUCCGUGGUGGGUGAGCUCAUGAUAGCUGAUUCGGAGUUUCAGAGAGUGGGUGAGCUUGGAAUUUACCGUGAGUUCGGGAUCUGCCGUGAGUGA